GAAGUCGGAAGUCUUGAGAUUUCCGAGUUCCAAAUUCCUAGUUGUUUUGAACGCAGCAUUAGUCCUGUUUAGGGGCUGGGUUUCUGAAUUUUAUCUAAAGAACAAAUCCGUUGUAAGCAAAUAUGGAGAGAUAAAGACAUUGAAAAGAAACGGAAGAAGUAUGCCUAUAUUACCAUAAGCUUUUAAAAAUGGCAAUACGGGAACUAAAAGUGUGUCUUCUUGGGGAUACUGGAGUGGGCAAGUCGAGUAUUGUAUGUCGUUUUGUACAAGACCAUUUCGACCACAACAUCAGUCCAACAAUAGGGGCAUCGUUUUUAACCAAGACGGUACCGUGUGGACAUGAACUACACAAGUUCCUCAUCUGGGACACAGCGGGACAGGAAAGGUUCCACUCGCUGGCCCCCAUGUACUACAGAGGCUCCGCCGCCGCCGUCAUAGUCUAUGACAUCACCAAACUGGACUCUUUCCAGACACUGAAGAAAUGGGUGAAGGAGCUGAAAGAACACGGUCCUGAGGACAUCGUUGUAGCCAUCGCAGGGAACAAAAACGACUUGGGGGACAUCAGGGAAGUUCCUAUGAAGGAAGCGAAGGACUUUGCUGAGUCUAUCGCAGCAAUUUUCAUGGAGACCAGCGCCAGAAACGCUGUCAAUGUGGAGGAGCUCUUUCAGAAGAUCAGUAAACAGAUUCCGCCCCUGGAGAAUCCAGACUUAGACAGUAACGAGUCCUUCAAGAUAACCCGGCAGCCCCCUCCGUCUAACAAACGCUGCUGCUAGUAAGACCCCUUUCCGAGUCCCAAAUAGACCCCUACCACCUUACCCCUAGGGCCCUACCCCCCUAGCACCCUACGCCCUAGGUAUUUCUGUUGAUCUCAAGGGGAUUGGACUGGUGCAGUAUGAUCGAAAUAUGUUGGAAACUCUACCUGUCUUAUCUCAGGGAAAGGUGGCGGUAUUAUGGUGUUAACCACAUUGCUUACGCCGAUCCUAUACUUUCAGAUCGGUAUGAAGUUGCUAGGCCUUAGGGGUAAAGGGGCUAGGGGUCAGUUUGGAAUUCAGCCUCCGAUUACCAGUGAAAUGAUCACUCUCUUUGGCUCCAUUCCAUACACGGUUCCAUGGAUCAAGUUCCACACAUCCAUCUUGACACACGGGUCACAAUGCAACAGCUACACAGUUCAGCUCCUGAUUGCCCCCUUUUCGACAGUCCACAAUACAUAUACAGUACAUGAGUCUCAGGGAGAGAGGAGGACAAACAUGGCUUUGGCUUUGUGAUAGAUCAGAACCUCUCUCCCCUGUAGCGUAGUGAACAGUGUGUCCCAAGUCCAGAAACCGCCCCUAUAUCCCAUAUAAAAGUUAGUUGGACAUUUCGCCCUAUUGUACCUAUUCUACCUACCAGAUAUAUCCAGGAUGCAUCACAACCCGGGCCGUGAUUGGGAGUCCCAUAGGGCGGCGCACCAUUGGCUCAGCGUCGUCCGGGUUUGGCCGGUGUAGGUCCGUCAUUGUAAAUAAGAAUUUAUUUCUUAACUGACUUGCCUAGUUAAAUAAAAGGUUCAAUUUCAAAUGUACUCCUGUGCCUUGGUACGGUGUGCGGUAGGUGUCAUUUCUGGAUAUAGAGAGGAACCAGUGGGGGGGUUUUAGCCCUCUUGUGUGUUAGAGAUGUAAACAUGUUAAUAAAAUGAAGGAUUAGUAUGGUACAUAGAAGGAUAUGUUUUGAGUUCAUAUGCAGCAGCACAGAAUUUAAAAAAAAAAUCCUUUGAGAAAUAGGGAAAAAAUAAAAAAAUAGAUUUUUAAAAUUUAAUAUAUAUAUUUUUAAAUUUUACCUUUAUUUAACUAGGCAAGCCAGUUAAGAAUAAAUUCUUAUUUACAAUGACGGCCUACCGGAAAAUCAAAACAUGUUUAACAAAAUAACUUAUGACUUGAGAUUACAUUCCGAAUACUUAUACGAUAUAGAGUUUAUGAAUUCUCAUUCCCUAACAAUGCAGUCAACAGAUGUGUAGAUCCAUUGAUUGUAUUGUUGCACCGUUGCUCCAGUAUUACAAUGAUAGGAGUUAAUAUCCAUUUAUUGCAUGAAUUUGGUCUCACCGACCGUCGUUGUCUUUUUCCCCGUUGAACGCUUGUAAACUCAGGGAAAAAAAGAAACGUCCCUUUUUCAGGACCCUGUCUUUCAAAGAUAAUUUGUAGAAAUUCAAAUAACUUCACAGAUCUUCAUUGUAAAGGGUUUAAACACUGUUUCACAUGCUUGUUCAAUGAACCAUAAACAAUUAAUGAACAUGCACCUGUGGAACGGUCGUUAAGACACUAACAGCUUACAGACGGUAGGCAAUUAAUGUCACAGUUAUGAAAACUUAGGACACUAAAGAGGCCUUUCUACUGACUCUGAAAAACAUCAAAAGAAAGAUGCCCAGGGUCCCUGCUCAUCUGCGUGAAUGUGCCUUAGGCAUGCUGCAAGGAGACAUGAGGACUGCAGAUGUGGCCAGGGCAAUAAAUUGCAAUGUGCGUACUGUGAGACGCCUAAGACAGCGCUACAGGGAAACAGGACGGACAGCUGAUCGUCCUCGCAGUGGCAGACAGCGUGUAACCACACCUGCACAGGAUCGGUACGUCCGAACAUCACACCUGCGGGACAGGUACAGGAUGGCAACAACAACUGCCCGAGUUACACCAGGAACGCACAAUCCCUCCAUCAGUGCUCAGACUGUCCACAAUAGGCUGAGAGAGGCUGGACUGAGGGGUUGUAGGCCUGUUGUAAGGCAGGUCCUCACCAGACAUCACCGGCAACAACAUCACCUAUGGGCACAAACCCACCAUCGCUGGACCAGACAGGACUGGCAAAAAGUGCUCUUCACUGUGGCGGUUUUGUCUCACCAGUGGUGAUUGUCGGAUUCGUGUUUAUCGUCGAAGGAAUGAGUGUUACACCUAGGCCUGUAUUCUGGAGCGGGAUCGAUUUGGAGGUGGAGGGUCCGUCAUGGUCUGGGGCGGUGUGUCACAGCCUCAUCGGACUGAGCUUGUUGUCAUUGCAGGCAAUUUCAACGCUGUGCGUUACAGGGAAGACAUCCUCCUCCCUCAUGUGGUACCCUUCCUGCAGGCUCAUCCUGACAUGCCCCUCCAGCAUGACAAUGCCACCAACCAUACUGCUCGUUCUGUGCGUGAUUUCCUGCAGGACAGGAAUGUCAGUGUUCUGCCAUGGCCAGCGAAGAGACCGGGAUCUCAAUCCCAUUGAGCACAUCUGGGACCUGUUGGAUCAGAGGGUGAGGGCUAGGGCCAUUCCCCCCAGAAAUGUCCGGGAACUUGUAGGUGCCUUGGUGGAAGAGUGGGGUAACAUCUCACAGCAAGAACUGUCAAAUCUGGUGCAGUCCAGAAGGAGAUGCACUGCAGUAUAUAAUGCAGCUGGUGGCCACACCAGAUUUUGACCCCCCCUUUGUUCAGGGACACAUUAUUCCAUUUCUGUUCGUCACAUGUCUGUGGAACUUGUUCAGUUUAUGUCUCAGUUGUUGAAUCUUAUGUUCAUACAAAUAUUUUACACAUGUUAAGUUUGCUGAAAAAUAAGCGCAGUUGACAGUGAGAGGACGUUUCUUUUUUUUUCUGAGUUUAUAUGUACAUGCCUGUAUAGCACACAUGUAGAAUAUGUAUGUCUGAGAACGUACUGUAUAAGAUGGUCAUAAUGUAUAUAAAGGAUUAAGUUGCAUGAGCACAUAAAUGCAUCGUAGGGCGGCAGGUAUCCUAGCGGUUAAGCGCUUUUGGGCCAGUAACCGAAAGGUCGCUGGUUCGAAUCCCCAAGCCGAUUAGGUGUAAAAUCUGUCGAUGUGCCUUUGAGCAAGGUACUUAACCUUAAUUGGUCCUGUAAGUUUCUUUGGAUAAGAGCGUCUGCUAAAUGACAACAUUUUUUAAAAUAAUUCGUAAAGGUCAUGUUAAUAGACUGAUAUUAUCUCAUAGAACAAAAUGUUGAAGAUCUCUUAAACCUGUGUUAACCUCUGACUUUAUUUUCGGCGUAUAUCCCAGAACCCCAUUCUUUCCCCCAUUAAUUUCCCCUAUAGGAAAUCCCAACGAACCAGAGGUAGAAAAUGCUGAAACAUUUCUGCUUUUAGGACUACAAGCUGUCGAGCUCUAUAGGCCAGAUGCAGAGAUAGAUAGAUUGGCAAACUAAUGCGUCUGUGUAGAAAACCCACGGGGGACCCAUAGGCUUUUGGAUUUGACCGCUUUUAUGUCAUUUUAUUUGUAGUUUGAGCACUUUUUCAUGGAAAAAUGUUGAUUCAGUAUUAGGUUUUUGAUGACUACAUUCCCUUACGUUUGCCCACCGAUAGCUGAAUUGCUACAGUGGAUUGAAAUGUACACAGAACUGAGUCUACAGCAACACUGCAGUGCCAUAUCGUGAAAAAUGUUUUGUACUUUUGUAGGUAGAUAUAAUCUUUUUUUUUUUUUUUUACUAUCAGGAUUUUAUACAAUAUUUUGAAUUAGUCAGUGUACAGGUAUGUACCAUGAGAUGUUAACACACAAUACUGUUCUGGACUCUUUUGUACAAGCUUGACCAAUGUCCAGGUGUGACAACAAUCAAUAGUCUGAUCAAACUUGAUUUGCACAUUUCUUGCCGUGAAUGCCUGCCAUCACAGUCCAUUGUGCCAAUGUAAACAAAGUGCUUUUGUCUAAGUCCCCCCCACCCUGUAGACAAAAUGAAAUUGAUUUAUUGAAAUUAUGAAAUUGAUUUAUUAUUUUUUUGUGUGCUUGAGUGAAAUUAUACCCUUUUCUAUAUCCUGUGCAGACCAGAUUGACAUUUGAUAUAUUCAUCUGUAUAAUAAUAAAAUGGUCAUUUAUA